AUGGCCAUGGAAAACAAGCGCGACAAGCAUGAGGAGAAGAGGACGAGCCCCGCUUCUGGAGAGCCGGCGGCGGCGGCGGUCCGGCCGAGCCCCGUGGGCGGGGACUCGGCGACCACGGCGGUGCCGGAGGAGGAGGCCGCCGCCCUGUCGGAGGACGAGGCGGCCCUGGAAGACGCCGCGGACGACGAGGAGAGCGACGGCGAUGGCCCGUCUUCCGCCGGAGAUGAGGCGGAGGGCGACGACGACACCGACGAGUGA